GUAAGAGCUAGCGGCCAAAGUUAUGCGAUGGGCUCUCAACUCCGGCAGAAAUGUCACUGUAUUUAGAUUCAUUUGAACGACAAUAGCGAAAAAAGGCAACUUUAAGGUCUGUCAGAUUCCAGAUUGGAUGCUUCACAGCUUCGGCUGUGCCAUUAAUUGAGCUGUUUCGGAUCUUGUUGAUCAGUAAGCUGGUUCAGCAAGGAUCGCCCGUCUGUUAUGGCGUCAGGGUACAGCGGAAAGGAGGAAGACGGUCUCCGCUCCGGGGCCCCUGGUGGACCGGGCGGCGGUGAGGAGGUCCGGAGCAGGAAGCCGGACAACACCGCGUUCAAGCAGCAGCGAUUACCGGCCUGGCAGCCCGUCCUUACCGCGGGCACCGUGCUUCCAGCCUUCUUCGCCAUCGGGUGUCUGUUCAUCCCCAUCGGGAUCGGCCUCUAUGUCACAUCAAACAACAUCAAAGAGUUCGAGAUCGAUUACACCGGGGAUGAUGUGUUGAGUCCCUGUUUCAACUGCUCCCAAAGCUACAGCUGGAACAGCACAUGUACGUGUGCCGUGUCCUUCUCGCUGGAUCAGUCUUUCGAGAGUGAGGUUUACAUGUACUAUGGGCUGUCCAACUUCUAUCAGAACCACAGACGUUAUGUGAAGUCCAGGGAUGACAGGCAGCUGAAUGGAGACAUAUCCUCACUGAGAAAUCCCAGCAAGGAAUGUGAGCCCUACCAAAGGAACGAAAACAUGCCCAUUGCCCCCUGCGGGGCCAUUGCCAACAGCAUGUUCAAUGACACUUUGGAACUGUAUUAUGUCCUUUCCAACGGUUCCCUUGCUGCGAUUUCUCUGACGAAGACAGGCAUCGCCUGGUGGACGGACAAACACGUCAAGUUCCGAAACCCCGGGGGAAACAACUCCAACCUCCAGGCCGCUUUCCGAGACACGACAAAGCCGGUGAACUGGCGCAAGCCCGUGUACGAGCUGGACACAGACCCCGACAACAACGGCUUCAUCAACGAGGACUUCAUCGUGUGGAUGCGCACGGCGGCCCUGCCCACCUUCCGCAAGCUGUACCGCAUCAUCCACAAGAACGGCGUGACCACCACCCUGCCCCAGGGCAACUACAUUCUCAACAUCACCUACAACUACCCUGUGCGUAGCUUUGAGGGCCGCAAGCGCGUGAUCCUCAGCACCAUCUCCUGGAUGGGGGGCAAGAACCCCUUCCUGGGCAUCGCCUACAUCACCGUCGGCACUGUCUGCUUCUUCCUGGGCGUGGUCCUCCUCAUCAUCAACCACAAGUUUGGAAACCGCAGCAACAGCGCCGACAUCCCAAGCUGAGAGACCUGCCGAGAGGGCCGGCGUUGCGUGUGCAAUGUCUAAGGCCCUGAUAGGCUGACCGUGGAAGCGCCGGUCAUGUUACACGUAUGCCCUGUGCAUACUCGAAACACCUGCUGAUUAUGUCCCCAGAGAUGGAGUGUAGCAGUAUGUUUGGGAGAAUCCUACUAUGCAAUUAUGAGAGGGUGCAGUGUUGUCAAACAGCUCAACCUCUGAAAUGAGCCUGGGUAGUUUUUCAGAUAUUUAUUUUUUUGUGAUCACACAUGAUUUAAGGUUCACAGUUACAUUUUCUGUUGUUUUUUUUUCUGUAAUCCAAAUCACUUUUUGUAAAUCGUUAAUUAGUGUAUAAAAUGAGAGUUUUAAGCUGAGUGGUAGGUGCUGAAUUAUGACUUGCUAUUGAAUUGAAACAAAAGCUUUAGUAUGUUAAUGUGGAUGUUGAUAUUUAAAUUCUAAACUUUGUGCAAAGGUGCAGAAUGUUAAGACUGUUUCCUGCUGGCUGAAUCUAUUGUUUUUAAGCUCCAUUUUAUUACCUCCAAGGCCAGUUCUUGUGGGUUUUGAUGUGGACUGGCACUAAAUGCUGGCAUGACUACUUGCAUUUCAUAUAAUGCAGCUGUGUUAAACGUCCACAUGUAUGCAAGUCAAAGUGCAGUUCAGCAUUGCUCCAGAGUGUAUUAAGUCUUGGAAAAUGACGUUAGGCAGUUGAUUACAUACACAGUCUGAAAAUGUAUAGCUGUGAAGGAACAUUCACCAAAACUUCAAGGGCUGAUUGGAAUGCUUUGUAGGGAACAAUAAAUUUAAAGUUAUUUUAGGAAGUCUCAUUUGGAAAUGAUUUUACUUUCUCUUUUUGAAAUUACAAAAAUGUUUUUUUACAAGAUCACCAAAUAUUGUGUAAUUGAUACUUGCCACAUCUGAUCUACUAGGUUUCUUUUGUCUAUUGGCUUUUUUGGUCUCCUGUUUUGUAUAGUAAAACCAUCUAUUUUAUCUCGGAGAGUUUACUUUUAUAACCAGAUGAAUAAAACAAUCUGUAAAUGACUUCUAACUCAGUCUUAACUUUGUCCUGAGUCCUGUGUUCUGCUAAUGUUGAGGUAGCUAAGGCUCCUUGUAUUGUAUUGCUUGGUUUGCAGGGAAAAUGUCAA